AUGCACUUUGACUGCCUCAUUCAGAGCAGAAACGAACGGACAACUGUGGCGGAGAUCUUCCGUUCCAUAAACUUCUUUGAUCCCCGAGCCCCCGGUGGCAGCAGCGGCAACGUUGAGAUCACACCUGACGGACUGGAGCUGUUGCCCUUUUGCAGCGCAUGCCGACGAAAUCGUAAAGUGGCCCUUCACCGCCAGUCCGGAAUGUCUUCAAUGUCCUUAACCACCGAGGCUUCUCUAUCUGGCCAGCUCAUCAGCUAG